AUUAGUCGCGCUGGUCAUUUAGCGGAGCAGAAGUCAGUCAAGCUAUCAACCUACGCAGUACUGUUUCUUGGAACACCUCACCAAGGCGGACAAGGGGUCGAGCUUGCCCAACUUUUUACAAAAGUACUAUCUGUAUUCUCACACACUAAUAACAAACUACUUCAGCGUAUGAAGCCAAAUUCAGAUUGGCUCUUUGACCUUCAAGAACGGUACAACGCCAUCAGCCAGGAUUUCAAAACAGUUUUUUACUAUGAAACCCUGAAAAUGCCUGUGCCGUUGCUAGGGUCUCUUCUUGUCGUGCCAAAGUUCUCAGCUGUUAUAUUCGGAGCAGCGGACACAGUAGCUAUCCCACUGAUUGCUGAUCACGCGACAAUGGUCAAGUUCACAGGCUUAGACGAUGAAAACUUUUCCAAGGUUGCACAAAUGAUAGAAUUUUACUCCAAACAGGCUCCUGCAGCUGUUUUGGGAAAAUGGGAGCACGGUGAGCACCGGAGCCGAAAUGGUAUCCAGUGUGAGGUUAAUCCUGAUAACGAACAGGUACCAAAGGAGUUCGACAUAGGCAUUACCUUCAAAAAUGUUUGGAAUCGUCAUUUCACCGGCAGAGAUCAAACCUUGCACCUCAUGGACGAAUUCCUGAGGCCCGGAUCAUGUCAACAGGAACUUAAUGUGGUUGUGACGUACGGGCCAGGAGGCGUAGGUAAAACACAGCUUGCACUCGAAUAUGCCCGCCGACAACAACACCAUUUCGGAUCAAUCUUUUGGAUCGAUGGACGUCAUCCAGACACAGUCAAGACGAGCAUAAGUGACUGUGUCAACCGCAUUUUGGCACAUUACAAGGUUCAUGGAAUUACACAUAAUCCACGAUUCGAUUUCCUAAAAAGAGAACGGGAACUCGGAGGGGUGAUCGAAGCUUUCUUCACGUGGCUAGCCUAUGGAAAAAACAAUUCCUGGCUUCUAAUCAUUGAUAAUCUUGACGACCUGGAAAUUAUUAGCCUGAGGGAUAUCCUCCCUUCGACUGCAUGGGGAUCUGUCCUUAUUACUAGCCGGAGGUCAGAUUUGGCAAUCACCUGGCAAUCAAUUCAAGUCCCUAUGAUGAAUCACGACGAGGCCUUGGCCCUUUUGAUGCGCAGCAGUAAUUUGGAGCCUGAUGCCGGAACAGAAAGUAUGUAA